AUGCAUGGCGAGCAACUGACAUCGUCGAUCAAGAACGUGUUCGCCAGCGCAUCGGAUUGGUUUGCGGGUUAUCAUACCUACGCAGACCAUCAGACCUGGUUGAGUACACAGAUCUCAAACCAUGCCUCCAUUACAAGUUCCUUCAGUGCCGGAAAGACGUUUCAGGGGCGUGAUCAGGCCGGUAUCAAGAUUGGAAGCGGUUCCAACAACGUCGUCCUCCACGGUCUCCAACACAGUCGCGAGUGGAUUAGCGGUGCUGUGGUCGAGUACAUUAUCGACCAGCUGCUCUCGGGCAGCGACUCGCGGGUCGCCGGCUACCUGAAAAAGUACACAUUUCACAUCAUCCCUAUCAUGAAUCCCGAUGGCUUUGUCAUCACCCAGACAUCGGAUCGCAUGCAUCGCAAGAACGCUCAAUCUAAUGACGGAUGCCUAGGCACAGACACUAACCGUAACUGGGACUUCCACUGGAACGAAGGUGGAUCCUCCUCCGACGCCUGCGCAGAUGACUACAUGGGUCCCAGCGCGUUUUCCUCCCCAGAGGCGACCAACAUUGGCACCUACCUCAAGAACCUGCCCAAUGUGGUCUCCUACAUCGACUUCCACUCGUACUCCCAGCUGUGGAUGACGCCAUAUGGAUUUACAGGCACACCGCCAGACAACUACGAUUCGUACCUGAAGCCCUUGGCUGACGGUGCAGUCGCAGCGCUGCAAGCAGUCAAUGGCGUCCAGUUCACUGCCGGAGAUAUUUACAAUACCAUAUACCCUGCUUCGGGCAGCUCGGUCGACUAUGCGCUCAGUGUUGGUGUUGGAGCCCCGUUCGCGGUUGAAUUGAGGGACACUGGUAGAUAUGGCUUCAGUUUACCUGCAAGCCAGAUCGUCCCCUCGGGAAAGGAGGUUUGGGCCGCUUUUACCAGUAUCCUUGACAACCUGAACACUGAUUAA